ACUUAGAGUCGGUUUCGGAGACUCAACUAGAACUAACGGGAACAAAAAAAAGUGCACGCCGGAAGAGUCAGUCACAAAGUGAAAGGCAACAAACCGAUGACCGACGCGGCAAGGUCAAUCCAAAAGUGGAUGCCGAAGGAAGAAUCCUUGUUGGCGUCGGCUUGGGUUGGCGUCUCCGAGCAUCCUAUCAUUGGUUUGGAGCAAACGAAGGAUGCGAUUUGGGAUCAUAUCGAGGAGAAAUUCUUUGCGGUGAUGAACAAGGACGCCUUGUACUGUACCCGAGACCAACUCACUUCGAAAUGUGGUCACAGCAGCUGUAAAGUCCGAAAGUUUAUUGGAGUUUGCAAGGAAUGCUCUCGGUCCCGGAAGAGCGGGACGAAUGACGCCGAUGUUCUCCCGCUUGCCACAACCCGAUAUCAAGACGACGGGCACCAAGGCAAGGUGCCCGUCAAUCUUUGGAGAAUUUUAAGCCGUUCACCGAAAUGGCAAGAACUCAACAAUCCUGAGGCCAGAUCCUCAAAUAAAAGAUCCUCCGCCGAGGCUGGGGUCGAUGACACUGUUGGUUCGUUCGAACAAAGGUCUUCCUUCAACGUAGACAACUUUGAUGACAAAGACCCCAUUCCACGGCCGAUCGGAAGAAAGAAGGCAAAAUUCAUUACCUCGGGUUCUGGAGGGUCCAACUCUGUUUCCUCUCAUGACGAUAUCGGUCGGGCAAUGAUUGAACAACUUCAGGUGUUCAAUAUUAAAGAAGAAGAGAGGGAGAGAAGAAAGCAACAGAAAGAAGAGAUCGAAGUAAUAGAAACUGACCAUGAUAUGUUAUCGGGCUUCAAAUGUAUGAUCUUCGAGAGAAGACAAAAAGAGAUCAAUGCUAAAUAUAAUUUCUCUUAGUUUUUUAUUAAUGUUUUUUAUUAAAUGUUCUUUUUAUUUUAUGUAAUUUUUAUGAAUUAUUGUCGUUUAAUUUUUUUUUAAUUUAAUGAAUGUAAUUUUGUAUAAAUGAUUCUCGUGUCAAUUUAAUUAAAUAAUUAAAUAAUUGAAUUUAAUUAAUAUAAACUUAGGAGAUGU